UUAGGAGGCGGAUUAGUGAUUUGAAUGUUAGGGGGCGUGGCCUGGCGCUCUGAGAGGGAAAUUUGUCAGGAAGAAGCGGAACGUUAGAAGAACCGAGCAUUUGCUACGAAAUACUAAAGUUCUGUUGAUUUUUUGUGGAAACAAAUCAGGCGAAACUUCUGCAUCAUGUCACACAAGCAGAUCUACUAUUCCGACAAAUACGACGACGAGAAGUUUGAGUACAGACACGUCAUGUUACCUAAAGACAUCGCUAAACGUGUCCCCAAGACACACCUGAUGUCGGAGACGGAGUGGCGCAACCUGGGAGUUCAGCAGAGUCAAGGCUGGGUGCACUACAUGAUCCAUCAGCCUGAACCUCACAUCCUUCUGUUCCGCCGUCCUCUGCCCACGGCUAAACCCCAGUGAUAGAAAGCAGGUGGAGAAGGACUUGAUACACACUGCAGAAGGAUGACAAAGAAAAGAUGGAAGUCUGGAGAGCAUCGAUGAAAUUUGUUGUCACUUCCUUUUGAUUAUAGGUGGAAUCUGUUCGGUUUUGUAAAGGUUUUCUUGUUGUUCCACACAUUUGCAUAAAAAGCAGAUUGUUUUUUUCGCAGCAUUAUUCUGCUGAAGGAAAGCGUGUUUAGAAAAUGCAGCCUGUGGAAAAAGCAGUUAUAACAUAUGCUUUGCAUUUAAACAGUGAUUGAAGCUUAUUUUUCCCUGUGUUACAUUACAGAACACUUUGCAUGUUGUUUAUAGUACUGUGACUGUUUGCCAUCUUCCAAACAUUAUUUAUGAUCUUUUUCCUUUUUUUUAAAAAAUCUACUUUAAAAUUAAAAAUGUUCUGAAAAAAAUUGUGGUGUGGUUAUAAUUACAUGAAUCUGAUAUCCGGUGUCCACAAACUUUUGGCCAUAUAGUGUAUAUACGGUCCACAGCAGUCACAUGGAAAUUGCAAAAGUUUAGGUCUUUUUCUCAUUUGUUUCGAAGAAGAGACUGUUGGAAGUAGAUGUUUGUCUGAUGCUGCUGUUUUUUUCUGUUGACAUUUGAUUCAAUCAUUUAUUACCUAUAACUUUAAUACAUUUUAAUUAGCAUCCAAAUAAAAAUAAAACGGUAUAAGAAUUUAA